GAAAAUUUGACCUGAUUAUGUUUCAUCACGCGGCAUUCACGCCACCUGCUACAGCACCAUGUUGCCAGCACAGAUGAAUUAUCUCUUCGUAUUUCUCUUUUUUUGUUUCGCAAAACAAGCUUGGUCUCUUGGCAUUGAUUUCCAAUGUCCACACAGAUUUAAAAAUGGAGAAAAUAUUGUCACAUGCAGAGUAAACAGAACUGCUGUCAGUGAAGCCAAAUGCCUCUCACUGUCCUCGUCAGUCAGAUUUGAGCGAACUGUUUAUUUACAAACAACUCCGCUAUGUAUAAUCAACUAUGACCCAAGCCAGCCAUGCAUGUCUGAAGCCCAGCACAGUCCAGGGAGCUGUUGGUGUAGCAACAUUGAAGGCGACAUCAUCACCUACAGCUUUUCCUACCUGGGCAACAGCACACGUGAUCAGAGAGGACAUCUUGAAUGUAAAACCUGCAUUUUACCAGAAAAGCCCUUACAUACACGUGUUAACGACAGCUGCAGAAUUAUGCGUUUUGCAGAUCAUCAGAUAACUAAUGAUACCAAGAAAUCUAACACUACAACUGUGACUGAGGAACUCAAUAAAGAAGAUCAUCGGAAAAUCGAAAUUCAUGAUAGUGAUCAGCCAACUGAUCCAGCUAUGAUUGGAGGAAUCAUUUCAACAGCUGUAGUUCUGAUAAUAGUGAUAAUAGUCGUUGCAUUAUUCUUCAGGAAUCGUCGCCAUCUUCUGUUUUCCACAAAAAUCAAAAGAUCGAAUAUGAAAAUGAACAAAAAGGAACUCCACAAAAUGCUUCAACCACCAGAUGAAAUGAAGGAUGACAAACAAAAACCAAAACUUCAUAGUUAAUGAAUUUGGUGCUUGCUGUCCUAAUGCUUCAUUUACAAUCUUGGAAUAUGUGCGACCUGCUAACCACAGCAUAUAUAAAUUUCUGACUCAAAAAGGUCCUUUUUUAAGUUAAAUGCAGUCAGUUUUCCCCUAAAUUAUCUUUGAAAAAAUGAAUCUCUUGAAAAACCAUGUACACAUACUAUUAUGUAUGUAGACCAUAUGGCAUUUUUUAAUUUGAAAAUAAAAAGUUUAGUUUAUGGUUAUGGGUGUCUGUUUUUCAAGCACCUGAAUUUGUAAUAUAAUCUUAAAUAUUAAUAUGUAUGUCCUAAAAUUUGAGACUUUGAGCAAGUUAUUUAUUACUUCAUACAACAAAUUUUAGUCACGUCUAGUACUAAGUCUUAUUCGGCACUGUAAAACUUCAUGGCAGUAAGGAUUAUCACUGUAUAAUGGUUAGUUAUUAUGAAAGACAUAAGAAAGUUAUUAGAAAAACCAAUUUAUUCCUGUGUUUCCUGUAAAAGAUCAAUAUUUUGAAAAAAAAGUAUUAAUAUAUUUGCUCAAUUACCAUGUUACUUUUGAAUCAUUUUAUAUUUGAUUCCGUGGAAAGAACAUAUCAAUUUUUGCAGUAAGCUUAAGUCUAUUUUGUUGUGUUAUAUUUCAUGUUCUGUGUGAGGGGAGGCAACUCAGCAAGCAGUGAACGUGAUUAAGGUUAUUAACCGUUAGUUGCUCCGCCUGACGUUCUAGUCAAAGGAUCAACCUUAGACAAAUGUGGCUUUUUCUUUAGGAAUUGUCUUGAUCCUGCCAUGGAACUUUAUCAAUUUGUUUUCCUAAACGCCGAUGUCUCCUGGUCAUAAGAAUCUGCCACUGAGAAGUAAGGAGACAUCACAUCCAGCGACAAGAACGACCAAAGCACACAUCAAAA